AUGUUCUCCCACUAGGGGUGGGGUGGGGAUGGUGGUGGUGGCGGCGGCAGUCCACCCUCGCUCCUCUGCAUCGAACUCAUACAGAUGCACACACAUGCGCCCGCGCCCACUAGAUAACGACCGGAGCUCGAGCAGAAGAACCCCAGACUGAAGAGUCCAGGGAGCGGCGCGUGGAGCAGGCUGCGUUCCUCGCCCCGGAGCGGGAGGCUCGCGGAGGCCAUGGAUCACAUAGGGAUACUGGGGGCGCAUCUGCAGCAGCACGCACACGUGGAGCCCAUCAGCUUUGGCAUCGAUCAGAUCCUCAACAACGUGGACCAGAGCUGUAUGCUGGGUACGAGGAUGCACGAGCCGGACUACGGACACCCGGCCUACAGCAGCAGCACUGGUGGCGGCGGGAACAGCGGUGUCUUCAUGUGUGGUAACACCGGAUAUAGCGGCACCAGCAGCUCGUGCGGGGUGGCUUCCCUCGGCGGGGCUUAUCACAUGAAUAUGGGCGUAAAUGUGAACGGAACUAACAUGAACGCCGCCGGGGUCAUUCGGGUCCCCGCGCACCGGCCUCUGAACGGCGGGAACUCCUCUGUGCCGCCGAUGAGUGGAACUAUUAACAACCUGACCGCGCUCACCUUCCCCUGGAUGGAGAGCAACCGCCGCUACACGAAAGACAGGUUCACAGUGUCCCUCUCACCCCUCACUGUUACACGUCGUGUAGGUCACCCCUACCAGAACCGGACACCUCCUAAGAAGAAGAAGCCUCGGACGUCCUUCACCCGCCUGCAGAUCUGUGAGCUGGAGAAACGGUUCCACCGACAGAAGUACUUGGCGUCUGCUGAGCGGGCUGCCCUGGCAAAAGCCCUAAAGAUGACUGACGCUCAGGUCAAAACUUGGUUCCAAAACAGACGCACCAAGUGGAGGCGGCAGACGGCGGAGGAGAGGGAGGCCGAGCGGCAGCAGGCCAACCGGAUUCUAAUGCAGCUGCAGCAGGAGGCCUUCCAGAAGACCAUCAACCAGCCGGUGACCCCGGACCCGCUGUGCCUCCAGAACAGCUCCCUGUUCGCCCUGCAGAACCUGCAGCCCUGGACUGAGAAUACCGCCAAGAUCAGCAGCGUGUCGGCCUGCGAGUAGAGCCAACACACGGCCUGCGGCUGGCACCUGCACCACAGGGCAGAGACACGAACGAGACACCGUGCAGCGAUGUACUGCUUGAUGGAAGCUGGUUACUAUGUCACCGCUUUUAUUAUCACCCACUUUCUGUCAGACACACACUGUUGUUGCAGCUGGCAGCAAAUAUGCGCCACAUGGACUCUCUCAGCACUACUCCCAUCUAAUGGGAGCCCACAGUCUGAUGUGGAUCCCUCGGUGUCCCGGACUCAAUUCUAGCUUCAGCCUAGCACAGACUGGACUAGACAGUCGAUAUUUUCGAAACAUUUUGGAGACAUCAUAACUAACAAUGUGCUCCUCUGUCAGAGGACCACGACAGACUGGCACCAGUGAGUUGUUGUAUGCUUUAGCUGUAAGGGACUUGAUGUUUCAUAAAUGGCAUAUUUUCAUAUUUGAUGUCGGCCAUCAGUGUCUGUCAGUAUUUAUCUGCCAUGUUAAUGGACGUUUUACUCAACUGCACAACAAUGGAGCACUUGUUUUAGCACCUUUGUAUGAAUUCAAACAUAUAAUCCAACACAUCAGAAGGAAACAGUACUCUUACAUGUAGUGAUACAGCAACUAAGGGAAAUCUGUCUAUUUGACCAUUUUAUAAUUUUGGUAUAAAUGGACCUAAAGGCCACCAAGCAUUUGAUUAGAGCAGAAAGAAUAUUUAAUGGCACUUAGCAGCUACAUUUAACAAUGAGCAUACUUUUGACCUUACAUUUCAAAUUUACUUAACUUUUAUUUUGUACAAAUGUUUAAAACUGCAUUUUCCAAUUUCCCUCUGUGUGCAAGCAGAUCAUCUCAGACCUGUGAGGUUGAGAUCAAACAAGCUGACCAACAACAAACACAUACCAGUCACAAGUCCACAGAGCAUUCAUUAUCUUAUCUUUGCUUUUUCAUGGUGUGUGUGUGUGUGUGUGUGUGUGUGUGUGUGUGUGUGUGUGUGUGCAUCUUUGCAUCUCUGUGUGUAUCAUAUUAUAGAGCACAUGCUAGAGGAGUAUAAAAAUUCUACAAAAACAGCUAUAACAUGUAUUUCUAUUCAUUCUGACGACAAUAAUAUAUUCUUAAUGCUAAAAUUAAUUUUACUCUCUGCAGAGUUGAUAAUGCAAGUGAAUUCUAAAUCUGUUUAGCUUAGAGGCGUAAUAAUUAGUCAAUUAAUUGAUUACACUGAUCAGCAAAUAUUUUGAUAAUGUAAUUUUAGUAAUUUUUAAGCAAAAUUGUCAAAUGUUAGCUGUUUCCAGGUUCUUGAAUGUGAGGAUUUGAUGGUUUUCUUUGUGACUUGUCAUAUACAUAUCUUUGGAGUUUGUAGUGUUGGUCAGACAAAACAAAACAUUUGAACGUAUCAUCUUUGACAACAGGUAUUUUCACUAUUUGCUGACAUUUUUUACACAAAAGUUUGUUUUUCUAAAUCUAAAAAACAAUGGGCAGAAUAAUCAAUAAUGAACAUAUUUGUUAGUUACAGUUCAGUUUUAGUAUGAUUGACUUCUUCAUUUUUUUGGCCACAUGUAACUUUUAUUUUGCUCAGUGGAAAUACAUUUUUAACUCAUGUUCAUUGUCAUGCUACAUAUAAAUAUUUUAUCAGUAAGAGUAAACUUAAAGGCAAAAACAGUAAAAUCAAUCCAAUGUUUCUUCUUCCCAACAUGAUUUUUCUCUCUGAUGCUGUGCUAUGUGGAUCUUCAACAGCCACAAAACAUUGUUAUAAACAUAACAUUACACACAUAUCUGCAAAUUAUGACAAUAAUAUUUACAUGUGUCCAGUAAGUUACAGUAAAUAUUAAAAUCCAGAAGACAAUAGUGUAACUAUCAGCCAUAGGUUAAAGUAAAUCUGCAUGAUAUACAGUUAGAGAAAACCAGGGCUGGAUUGCUACAAAUUUUUAUAUUUUCAAAUUUUCUUUGGAAAUAUGGGAACAUAUCAUGGCCUACAUCACAAUGUUGAUUGACAUGAUAAAAGCCUUAAACUUGCACUAACUGAUUAACUGAUGUUUUUGUUGGGUUGUUUUCAACAGAAGCAAGUGGUGAAUGCAACACUGACAUGUCAUCACUUUUUAAGUUUAUAUGUGAACUUUUUAUCAACAAGUUAUCAUUUCAACACCCAGCACAACAUGAUGAUUCAUUUAAGGUGGUGUCUCAUCUACCAACUCAUGAGGGAAAUAGUUCACUCUUAAUAAUGCUUCACAGUGUUUAUCGGCUUGAAUCUAACUGUGUCUGUCUGCUGUUGUUGCUGCUGGGCAGGUAGUAGACAGCAUUUUUCUGAAAACAGCUGCCUGCUGUGACCAAAAGUGAUGCCAUGUGAGCAGUGAGUGUAAUAAGACUGUAAAGUUUGGUGACAGACAUAAAAUCAUUGAAAUGAAAUUCACUAUACAGUUCUGUAAGGAUGAGGGGUGCUGCAGAUUCAGCUGAUAAUUAUCUGUCAGUUAAUCAUUACCAGAUUCUUUCACACUGUUAUUUGAUAAUAUUUUGAUUAUGAAAAUAUUGAUUCAAUUUGCUUUUGCCUGAUUCUGAGGUCCUGUCUUGAAGUGGGUCCUUAUGUUAAAAACUGUUUUUCUUUUAACACUUUUAUUAUUUCAGCUGAUUUAAUGUCACAUAUUUUUGUUCUAGUGCUCUUUUGCAGGUUAAUUCAGCCAUGGACAACAGUGCAAAGUAAACGUUAUAAACAUGACAAAUAAAAGGAACAAGUAAAAAAUCAAAAAGGAAUAACUGUAAAAAGCAAUAAAAUAAAUGAAAUUCCCAUUUAAUCAAUUAAUUUAACAAAAGAAAAAGACAAUAAUAUAAUAAUAAGACAAUAAAUGAACUAGAAAUAAUAGUAAGAUGAAGAGAAGAAGAGAAGAGAAUGAAUUAUAAGAGGGGUUUCAAAUCAGAUUCCAACUUGAGAUCUUUUGGGGAAUAAGUGUUAAGAGUAAAGAAGUAGAAAUCCUCCUCCCCUCCAUAAAAUAUACUUUUUAUGUCUCACACUGUUUGGCCUUUUGAUAUUUGCUCUGAUGCAUCUGAGAGGGCUGCUUCAUCUUUAAGUGAACUGAUGCUGGAUGUUUGGGUUCAUUUGUACGAAUAGUGUUCCUGAAAUUCCUGUGUGUAUGUUGUGUGUUCUCAUCAAGAGGCCAGUCCACAUUCAAUCAUAUAACCACAUUUUGUGUUUCAACUGAUCGUCCCAUUUAUCAUUGGUUUCUUUGUGUGUUUUUGUUUUUUGUUUGUUUGCUUGUUUGUUUUUUUUACCACUCUCAUUUCACACAAAUAUAAUGUGCAUAUUUUUGA